AAUUCAGAUAUUGAUGCUUCGUUUAAAAUAGGAUUUAGUUGUUUCGUUCCAACGCAUCAAUCAAUUCAAUCUUUCUCCACUUUGAGUCUUUGUGCAUGAAAGCCCCCCCUUCUUCCCCUAAUUUCCGAAUUCGGCAAUUUUUCUUUCAUCUCCCAAAUUCUCCCGCGUCGAGCUGCCUAGACUUUUCAAUCUUCAUAAAGAAACGAUAAUAUUUUUUUUUCAAUUUUGUUGGAUUUUUUUUCUUCUUUUCGAUAGAAACAGAUUAGGGGUUUGGUGUAAAUUCAUUGUUGGGUUUUUUUUUACCUCUGAUUGUUGAAAAUCGUAUUGAGUUUUCGAUUGUAUGUGAAUUGUAAGCUUUGGUUUUGCAUAUGUGAAUUCAGGGAUUGUAUAUUGGAGAAUUCAAGCAUCAGGUCAGGUUCAUGCUUCAACCACAAAACGUAAUGGAUCAGCAAAAUCAGUUAUAUCAAUCUCAAAGACCCCUUCCUGAGACAUCAUCAACAUCUACAGAUUCCACUGCCCAGACUGGACAUGCAACUGGGGGUGAUUGGCAAGAGGAGGUCUUUCAAAAAAUAAAAUUCAUGAAGGAGAUGUACUUACCCGAACUAAGUGAAAUGUAUCAGAAAAUUGCUACUAAACUUCAGCAGCUUGAUUCUCUUCCACAACAACCAAAAUCAGAGCAGCUUGAAAAACUGAAAAUGUUCAGGACCAUUUUAGAGCGCCUCAUAUCAGUCUUACAGAUUUCCAAAAGUAGCAUUUCACCUGGUUUGAAGGACAAGUUGCUUUUAUACGAAAAGCAGAUGGUAAGUGUUAUUAAUACAAAUAGACCUAGGAAGCCAGUUUCUUCCCUGCAUCAAAGGACAGCACCCACAGCCGCCCCUCCAACCUGAAACGGCAUCGUGUCUUCCCUUGACAUGUACCUGAAAUGGCAUCGUGUCUUCCCUUGACAUGUGGAAUAUACACAUUUCGUAACUUGGUCUUAGAUAAAAUGCACAUAUUUGUGAUGAAAAAUUUCAGAAAUUCAAGUGUUUGUCGAAGAAGAGCGAGAAACAAUUUCUAAAGUGUUUCUAAUGCUCCUACUCUAGUAGGAACACUAUAUUUAUAUGCCUGUAAUAAUCCUAUAUUAUAUUAUAUUAUAUUG